AUGAUUGGCGGCGUCGCCGCUGUGAUCUCCGCGGCGGCGUGCGCUCACCAGCCCGAUCCGCCCCACUUCCCGCCCUUCCUCUUCAACCCCUUCCCCCCCUUUCCUUUCGUGCCCUCUCCUCCCGCUCGCGCACACACCUCCGUCUUCCCUCCCCCCUUCUCUUCUCCUCCUCCCAUCGUGUGCUCCCACGGCGCCGCCUCUCCCCUCUGGUCCUCAGAUCGCCUUGAUCACUUAGAGUGGAGGGGGAGCGGGCCCCAUCGCGAAUGGCAACAGGGGGUGGCUGGUGUGGAGUGUGACCAGCAGGGAGAGAGAAGUGGAGGGGGAGCGGGCCCUAUCGCGAAUGGCAGCAGGGGGUGGCUGGUGUCGAGUGUGACCGGCAGGGAGAGAGAGUGCGGGCGGGAGAUUGUGAACGUGCUCGAUGAGUGGUGUGACAAGCUGGAGGCUGGCAAGGCGCAGGGGGAGGGGGAGGGGGAGGCACGGACUGGGGAAGGUGCAUCUGCAGGGAAGGCGAAGGGGGGUUCGUCCAUCGAUGCGCUGCUGGCGAAUGAAGUGGCAGCACUCAAGAAACAGGUGCGUGCGUGUGGAGAGGGGGUUGAGGAAACAGGUGUGUGUGUUUUGCAGCGGCUCACAGGUGCCCCUGUUUUGAGACGUCUCAGGCUACCAGGUGCCCCUGUUUUGUUCCCCUUGUGCAUCCUCGCCUCCUUGUUCCCUCCUUUCUCUUCUCCCUCCCUUCCUUGGGCAUGCCCCUCAGCCUCGGUUCAUGAGUGUGUAGUCUGGGUGCAAGGCGCUGCUGUUCGCAUAAAUGCCCAGCACAAACACCCAUCACUUCCCUCUCUCGCAAUCCUCUUUUCCCUCCCUCUUCCUCCCCUUGCCCCUCGUCUUGUCCCUCCCCUUGUCCUCAACGCUCUCACCUGGCGCUGCUGUUUGGACUCUUGCUGGCUGCAAGGCGCCGCUGUUUGCGAGAAUGCUAAGUGGAAACCCUUAUCGCUCCUCCUCUCUCUCCCAUCGUCUUUCUCCCUCCCCUUGCCCCUACCGUUUGCCCUCCCCUCGCCCCUCCUGUUCGCCCGCCCCUUGACAUCCCUCAGCCUCGUGCAAUUUCCAAUCACGUCUCCUCUCCCUCCGCUCGUCUUUCUCCCUCCACUCGUCUUUCUCCCUCCCCUUGCCCCUACCAUUCGCCCGCCCCUUGACGUCCCUCAGCCUCGGUUCGUGAGUGUGGAGUCUGGGUGCAAGGCACUGCUGUUCGUGAGGAUUAGAGAGGAUGCCAGGAAGGGGGGGAAGGGAGAGAAGGGAGGAAAGCAGUUGGAGGAGGGAGAGGAGAAGGAGGAGGAGGGUGAGAAGGAGGAGGUGGGGAAGACGGAGGAAGGGGAAAAGGAGGAGGAGAAGGGUGAAGGAGACAAGGAGGGGAAGGAGGGGGAUAAGGCCGGGGAAAAGGAGCAGGAGAAAGAGCAGGAGGAAGAGGUUACAGGAGGAGGAGAGAAGGAACCGGAGAAGGAGGGACAGGGAGGGGAGGGGGAGAAAGGGGAGGCAGGGGGAGAGCAGGGAAGGGUGUCGCCGUGUGAGUUGGCAGAGGCGGUGCUGCGGCAUGCCAAGGCCACCCAGCAGUCAGCCACUCGGUGGGUGUGGGGUAGUGGGUGUGGGGCAGUGGGUGUGGGGCAGUGGGUGUGGGGCAGUGGGUGUGGGGCAGUGGGUGUGGGGCAGUGGGUGUGGGGCAGUGGGUGUGGGGCAGUGGGUGUGGGGCAGUGGGUGUGGGGCAGUGGGUGUGAGGCAGUGGGUGUGGGGCAGUGGGUGUGGGGCAGUGGGUGUGGGGCAGUGGGAGUGAGGCAGUGGGUGUGGGGCAGUGGGUGUGGGGCAGUGGGUGUGGGGCAGUGGGUGUGGGGCAGUGGGUGUGGGGCAGUGGGCGGCAAGGCGACAACAUGA